UCUGUGACAGCGGAGCGCCCCGCCCGCCCGCCGGCCCCCAACGCACCCCUGUGGCGAUCUCGCUGCCGGGGGAGAGGCUCCCUCUGUCUACCUCAGUGCGGAACGCCCCUCACUGCCUUGCCAGCCGCCUGCGAGAAGGAGGAGGAAGGAGGAGAAGGGCGGGUUCGGCUCUCCCCAGCACCCCGAGCGGGGCUGCAGGCAGCGGGGCGCCAGAGGGCGGAGGCCGGGCGGUUGCCGCGCGCCUGCUCAGCUCACGCUGCCCGCUCCCCUCAGCGCCCCACCGCUGAGGUCGUUUCGCGGGGCCAGGCAGCUCCCCUCCCGAGCUGGGGUUUUCUUCGCCUGCCCUGGGGAAGAGUGAAGGCUUUUGUAGCUCCCGUCCCGUCACGGUCUCAUCCGCUUGAGCGGUGCUUGUCCUGAUUUCUUAGUUCUCUGUGUCUGAAGGAGAAAAGAGGCUUUUUUUAGGAUCUGUUUCUGCACGCCGGGAGCGUGUAAUGGUAUCUGAUUUUGGAAGAAUAGUUUUUUUUGCCUACUGGAAGAAUGCAGUGAAACUGCCAAUAUUUCUAGCUGGAAUUAUAAGUUUAAUAUUCACCUUUGUUAGUAAUUUCUUACUAAAUAGUACCUCGAAGUAGAAUAAAGAUGUAUGGAAGUGCAAGAACAAUCACCAACUUAGAAGGAAGUCCCUCCAGGUCUCCUCGUUUGCCAAGAUCUCCUCGCCUAGGCCACAGGCGAACAAGUAGUGGAGGAGGAGGAGGAACGGGUAAGACAUUAUCAAUGGAGAACAUCCAGUCCCUUAAUGCAGCAUAUGCAACAUCUGGACCAAUGUAUCUGAGUGACCAUGAAGGUGUAGCUUCUACUGCUUUCCCAAAGGGCACGAUGACUCUUGGAAGGGCUACAAAUCGAGCUGUGUAUGGCGGUCGAGUAACAGCUAUGGGGAGCAGUCCUAAUAUUGCUUCAGCUGGACUGUCCCACACAGACGUCCUUUCUUAUACUGAUCAGCAUGGAGGACUGACCACAUCUUCACACCAUCAUCACCAUCAGGUUCCUUCUAUGCUGAGGCAGGUUAGAGAUAGUACCAUGUUAGACCUGCAGGCUCAGCUUAAGGAUCUACAGAGGGAGAAUGAUCUUCUCAGAAAAGAACUAGACAUUAAAGACAGCAAGCUGGGAUCCUCCAUGAAUAGCAUCAAAACUUUCUGGAGUCCUGAAUUAAAGAAAGAAAGAGUAUUGAGAAAGGAAGAAGCAGCCAGAAUGUCAGUUCUUAAAGAGCAAAUGAGAGUGUCCCAUGAAGAAAAUCAGUUUUUGGAUGCCAGGAGAACAAAGCAUCUGCAAAUGACAAUCCAGGCACUUCAAGAUGAGCUUAGAACCCAGAGAGACCUUAAUCAUCUUCUGCAGCAAGAAAGCGGAAACCGAGGGGCUGAGCAUUUUACCAUCGAGCUCACAGAGGAGAAUUUUCGAAGACUUCAAGCAGAACAUGACAGACAAGCUAAAGAGCUUUUCCUAUUAAGAAAAACUUUAGAAGAAAUGGAGCUUAGGAUUGAAACACAAAAGCAAACACUAAAUGCUAGAGAUGAAUCAAUAAAAAAGCUUCUGGAAAUGUUGCAAAGUAAAGGCUUGCCAUCUAAAGGAAUGGAAGAUGACAAUGAGAGAACUCGAAGGAUUGCAGAAGCUGAAUCUCAGGUUAAUCAUUUAGAAGUGAUAUUAGACCAAAAGGAGAAGGAAAACAUACAUCUUAGAGAGGAGUUGCAUAGAAGAACCCAACUUCAGCCUGAGCCAGCAAAGAUGAAGGCUCUUCAAACAGUUAUUGAAAUGAAGGAUACAAAAAUAGCUUCACUUGAGCGCAAUAUAAGAGAUCUUGAAGAUGAAAUACAGAUGUUAAAGACAAAUGGAGUUCUGAAUACAGAAGACCGAGAAGAAGAAAUAAAACAAAUAGAAGUUUACAAGAGUCACUCAAAGUUCAUGAAAAAUAAGAUUGACCAACUGAAACAAGAACUCUCAAAAAAAGAAUCGGAACUUCUUGCCUUACAAACUAAGCUUGAAACCCUUAGCAAUCAGAAUUCAGAUUGCAAGCAACACAUUGAAGUGCUUAAAGAGUCACUUACUGCCAAAGAACAGAGAGCUGCCAUACUUCAGACAGAGGUUGAUGCCUUGCGGUUACGACUGGAAGAAAAAGAGACGUUUCUCAAUAAGAAAACAAAACAACUUCAAGACCUCACAGAAGAGAAAGGAACCCUAGCUGGAGAGAUUCGAGAUAUGAAAGACAUGUUGGAAGUAAAAGAAAGGAAAAUUAAUGUCCUUCAAAAAAAGAUUGAAAAUCUACAGGAGCAACUUAGGGACAAAGACAAACAACUAACUAAUCUAAAAGACAGAGUGAAGUCAUUGCAGACGGAUUCUAGUAACACAGACACAGCACUAGCAACGUUAGAAGAAGCACUAUCAGAAAAGGAAAGAAUAAUAGAGCGCUUGAAGGAGCAAAGGGAGCGAGAUGACAGAGAAAGACUUGAAGAAAUUGAAUCUUAUAAAAAAGAAAACAAAGACCUGAAGGAGAAAGUUAAUGCUUUACAAACUGAGCUGACAGAAAAAGAGUCUAGUUUAAUCGAUCUCAAAGAACAUGCAUCUUCAUUGGCAUCAGCAGGGCUGAAAAGAGACUCCAAACUUAAGUCUUUAGAAAUAGCCAUAGAACAAAAGAAAGAAGAGUGUAGUAAGUUGGAAGCACAGUUGAAAAAGCAAGCUGAACAGUUGUUCAAUCAGAUGUACAAUCCAAUGCCAAUUAGGAAUAAUGGGAAGCAAGGGGCUCAUGAGGCUGAAGAGGAGGCACGGAUGAACCCAGAAUUUGCAGACAGAAUGAAACAGCUCGAUAAAGAGGCAUCAUACUAUAGAGAAGAAUGUGGCAAAGCUCAGGCUGAGGUUGACAGACUUCUAGAAAUACUCAAGGAAGUAGAGAAUGAGAAGAAUGACAAAGAUAAGAAAAUUGCUGAGUUAGAAAGCUUGACUUCCAGACAUAUGAAGGACCAAAACAAGAAGGUUGCUAAUCUGAAGCACAAUCAACAAAUGGAGAAAAAAAAGAAUACACAGCUGCUAGAAGAAGUUCGUAGACGAGAGGACAAUAUGACGGACAACUCUCAACAUUUACAAGUAGAAGAACUGAUGAAUGCAUUGGAAAAGACUAGACAAGAAUUAGAUUCUACCAAAGCCCGUCUUGUCUCAACACAGCAGUCUUUGGCUGAGAAGGAAGCACAUCUGGCUAACCUAAGAAUAGAGCGGAGAAAACAGCUUGAAGAAAUUCUAGAAAUGAAACAGGAAGCCUUGCUUGCUGCAAUUAGUGAAAAAGAUGCAAACAUUGCCUUGCUUGAACUGUCUGCUUCAAAGAAAAAGAAGACUCAAGAGGAAGUAAUGGCUCUUAAAAGAGAGAAGGACAGAUUAGUACAUCAGUUAAAACAACAGACACAAAACAGAAUGAAACUGAUGGCAGAUAACUAUGAUGAUGACCAUCACCACUACCACCACCAUCACCACCACCACCAUCACCGAUCUCCUGGGAGACCACAACACUCCAACCACAGACCUUCUCCAGAUCAGAUGAUCCAGUCACUGUUGGAGGCACAUAGCCACGGCAAAAUCUCAUGCUGUACAUUGAUCACCUGUCCAACCUUUGCCUAGAGUGUGAUCCCCAGUUCCUUGAAGAGAUCCAUCUUUACCUGUCUAUAAAGAAGAAGAGGAGGAGGGAGACAUCUGGGAUAUUCAAGUAUCAAAGUUUAACACCAGAGCAGUUUUCAGAGGAACUAGUGAAAGAGGAAGAAAAAACGUAUCAUUGGAAUGUAACGAUGAUAAUCUAUUGCAUUGGAUCUCCAAACAUGACUAUGAUAUCCUGGAGAAGAUCACAGAUGAAGAAAAUGAAUGCUAAGGUUGAUAUCUAAUGAAAUAAUGCACUAAUUGGCAUCUUCUCCAUUAUUUCUUGUAGUCUACUAGGAAAUUAGAUACUUUGGAAAAAAAUGAAGAAGACUCAAGCAGAAAUUACAAGAGCUUUAUUUCUACCUUUAAUGGGUCUUGCAAGUUAUUGUUUUCACAAACAAACCUUCUGUUUAGAAUAUUAUUGUUUAAUGAAGUUCAGUUAAACAGGUUAUUUAACCAAUUAUUUGUAAAUUGAUAUUGAUUUUAAUAAGUAAUUCAAAUUUCUUUAGGUAUAGUAUCUGCAUUUGCUGAUUUUACCUAGUCUAUUCUAAAACUUCUAUUGCACUAGAUUAUCAAAGAGGUAUUAGUAAAAUGUUAUAUAAGGGUGUUGGCAUUAAUCUUACCCCCAGUUGGAUGUGGGCUUUUACAAAAAAUAAAACCCAAGCCUUUACCCUCCUCUGUUUUCUUAUAUCUUCUGAUAAAACAAUUACAAUCAAAAAAUAAAACCCAAACCAAAAACCAACAACAACAUCAAAAAAAAAAAUAUUGAUGGUAUAACUGGUAUUAAGCUCUGGGCCAGGUUGGAAAUGAAAUCAAUUUUUGGUACUAACAACUGAUGGCAAAGAUUAGCUUUAUGAAAAUAUGGUGUGUGUCUCUGACAAUGCAUAGGACAUCUAAUUUGAUCAUAAAUAUAUGAUUAUAAACAAGAUGUAUCUAUUUCUGGAUGGUAAAAGCUUGAGACAUAUAUAAAUAUAUAUGUAUGUGUAUAUAUGGACAUAUACACAAGGAUGUAUCAACCUUUUACCAUCCAAAUGCAUAUAGAUCUUCAACAAUAAAAGCUGGGACUCUAAAAAAUAAAAAUAAAAAUAAAAAUAAAGAUUGCUGUGAAUACAGUAUAUGCACUAGGUCUCCUGUAAAUGAGGAACUGUGUGUUAUCAUUUUCUGCAUUGAAAAACAGACUCCAACAUGGAUCCCAAUGACUCUUAGAUGUUACAGAAGAAAAUACCAAUGAUCAAAUAGCACUUAGAGGCUGUUUGUAUCAACAAAAUAUAUCUAGUAUGAUAAUUCUAAAGCACAUGCAAGGAAAAAAUAAAAAUAUGAAGUCAUUACAUUCAGUGAGAAAUUAUUAACUGCUAGUUAAAUCUCUACCACUUCUCGAGGAGAGGAUCCUUAUGACUUCAUGAACAUUUUUGGUCAGUCUGGCAAAUGUGCAAAUGCUUGGUUGUUUUAUUGAGGCAUCUUUUUGUCCAUGGAAGAAAUGCUUCCAUGCUGAUGGGAGUGGGAACAGAGUAUCUGCAUUUUUAAAGGACAAACAAUAAAUUUAAGCAUGGGUGGCCUUAAUCCUUAGUAAUUUUUUUUUGCUGCUGUAAAAAAAAAAAAAAAUAAAUAAUAAUAAUAAUAAUAUCUAAAUGGAUAUUCCUAAAGUCUUGCACUGAAUUUAGAAUAAAUGUUUUUUGAACCUGUGGUGCAAUUAACCCUAAACAUCCUACAUGAGCCAUACAUAUAGCCCUUUAAAUUGAUUGUCUAGAGAUGAUAUUUUAUUUAUUUGUACCUUUUUCUUGGUGCAAUCAAAGAGCAAUUUAUUUGAGCAGGAGUCCUGCUGGAUGCUACUGUUUUCCAUCUAUAGAAAAUGUAUAGAAUUAGUAUAGCAUAGAUAAUCCAAAUUUCAUUCAUGUUUAAAAAGUUUGUCCUUUAACUAUCAAUGGCAUUUUAAAUCUUUGUUUUUGAAAUGGCAAAGCUUUUGGGAAUAUAUUUAUCACAUAUGACAAAUGUUGCACUUGGAAACUCAGACAACAAAACUUUCUUGUGACAAAUUUGUUGUCACAGUAGGGGACAAUCGUCUGUGUCUCUUACAAUCAGGUCUUAACCUUAACUCUGCAACUGAAUACUUGAAGUAGGAAGUAAACUAGGGGGAAAUAGGGUCACAGAUACAAAGCUGUAUAGUUAGAUAUUUAUAUGUAUGUGCCAAUUUUGUCACAGAUAUUAUUUUAGGGGCAUUUUUGCUCCAAUCAUGUUGGUAGGAGUAUUGAUCUAAAUUUUAACAGGGCCUACAGUUUAGCCCGUAAAGAGGAAAACUGUGUAAUGUUGCUUCUUUCUUUUAUUUUCUUUACUUCACUCUUUUUUUUUUUUUUCUUCAUUUCAUGUGAUUAUGAUGUUUGGAGAAUAUCUUUUCAUAUACUAAAAUGUGAUCUCGGGGUUUACAAUAAACACUGUGAUGUUGGGAAAUUAUUUUAUUUGAGCAAUGUUUUUUGCCCACUCUAAGUGUAAAGAAGCAAGUCAACUUUUGGUUAACAUUUAAGAUUAUUAUUUCAAUGUGAGAUCAGUCUUGUACUGCACAUUAUUUCUUUCAUUUAAAUGUACGGUAUGAAUUUUGUAUUUAAUGAAUUUUGUGUAUCCAGUAUGCAUGUACCUGCACAUUGACUUUCAUUUGAAAGUGAGUUUCAAUUUACUUUUUAAACAGUAUUUAUGAAAAGACCUCAGAUGUGUUGACACAAUCUAUAUCUGCAUUGGUUUUUUUGUGUGUGUAGGGUGAUGUUUGAAUGUGAUGUUUUGCAGCAAUGGGUCAGUAUUCCCUAUUUACCUUAUAUCCUCAUUUGAUAGUGCUUCUUGUAAUACUUUUUUCAAGUGAUUGGCAUGUUCUGGAUUGUGAUAUUGAUAUGUGGUUAAGGACAUCGAUAUGAAACUAAGGAAUUCCUAGAAAUUACCAGUGGGCAUGUAUUAGACAGUCAUUGUAAUUUAAUGUCUAAUAGAAGUGUAAAGUACCAAGGUAUUUAGAGUUCAUAACAUAGUUAUCAUGUGUAUGGGAAGUAUUUAGUGUUGAUCAGCUUGUUUAUAUUCAUCAAAUAAACUUGUUUCUUUCUGAAA